UCCAAGAUGGCGGCGCCUACAGUGCAGUCGUGAUCCAGGGAAACAUCAUUUACAGCGAUUCUAAACUGUGGACGUGAUGUUUUUUUUUUAACACGGACUGGUGUUUUUUGUUAUCGCGAGCAUAACGCGGAAACGAACGACUUGGAAAUAAAACCGUGAGUUUCUUCAGAGGCGACUUUUUCCACCCCUCUCCUUCAUCCCUGAGCAUCCAAUCAUGCAGGUGUCCGUGAGAAGGCUGGUGCUGUAUCCCCUGUUGGCAGCCCAAAGCAGGGGUGCUCUCCUGAGUCCAGUCCUGCGCCUAGUGUCCCCCAGCACCCGCACCCUGUUCAGCAAGACGGGAGUGUGGGAGAAGGACUAUCGAACAGAGACUAGACGCAAAGUGGAAGAAUGGUGGCACCCACGAAUUAUGGCCCAGUGGCAGAAGGAUGCACUGGAGGGGAGUUCCCACAGGAAGAAGUUUUAUGUCCUCUCCAUGUUUCCAUACCCAUCGGGGCGACUGCAUAUGGGUCAUGUGCGAGUGUAUACCAUCAGUGACACCAUUGGUCAUUUCCAAAAAAUGAGAGGGCAUCAGGUGUUGAAUCCAAUGGGUUGGGAUGCUUUUGGACUUCCAGCUGAGAAUGCAGCCAUAGAGAGGGGACUUGACCCAGAGGACUGGACUAAAAGUAACAUACAGUCUAUGCGGGAGCAGCUGGACACUCUUGGGCUUUGCUUCAACUGGGACCAAGAAGUGACCACUUGCCUCCCAGACUACUACAGGUGGACGCAGUAUCUGUUUAUCAAGCUCUUUGAAGCAGGACUGGCAUAUCAAAAAGAGGCUGUGGUGAACUGGGACCCUGUCGAUCAGACAGUGCUGGCCGAUGAACAGGUGGAUGAAAAUGGUCGCUCCUGGAGGUCUGGUGCUCUGGUGGAGCAGAAGCUACUUACACAAUGGUUCAUCAAGACUACAAACUAUGCAAAGCCUCUGCUGGACGCCCUGGAGGACCUUCCAGAGUGGUACGGGGUCAAAGCCAUGCAGGCAAACUGGAUUGGAGAGUGUACCGGCUGCUACUUUGAUUUCAAGCUCAAGGUGAACGAGAAGGAAACAGGAGAGACCCUGUCAGCCUACUGCUCCUCCCCAGAGACCGUGUUCGGAGCAGCUUACCUGGCCAUCCUGCCCUCCCACAGGCUGCUGCAUGGCAGAAGCUCACUGCGCUCUGCUCUGCGGGAAGCCUUUCAGCCAGGCAGAGACUCCCUGACAAACGUCACCGCUCACAACCUGUUCACCAGCCAUGAGGUUCCCCUGGUCAUCUCACACAAGGAGGCUUUUGAUGACUAUCUGGACACCGUGGUUGGUGUCCCCGACUGUAAUGAAGAGGAUCUGUCUGUAGCCAGAGCUCUGAAUCUGAAGUGGACCACAGUGCUGAAAACUAAUGAAGAUGGGACACAAACUCUCAUCAACUCUGAGGAGUUCUCAGGCCUUACCAGAGAGCAAGCCUUUAACUCCAUUACCCAGAAGGCCAGAGAGCAGAAGGUUGGAGGCCACCUAACCAGCUCUAAGCUCAGAGACUGGUUGAUAUCCAGACAGAGAUACUGGGGCACACCCAUCCCUGUGGUGCACUGUGGGUCUUGUGGUCCGGUCUCAGUCCCUGUGGAGGAGUUACCAGUUACUCUGCCGAGGCUGCCAUCAAUCACGGGAAAAGGGGCGUCGCCUCUGGAAGCUGCACAUGACUGGGUCAACUGCAAAUGUCCCAGAUGUAAGGGCCCAGCGAGGAGGGAAACCGACACCAUGGACACAUUUGUGGACUCAGCCUGGUAUUAUUUUAGAUACACAGACCCUCAUAAUGCAGACAGGCCUUUUGAGCGCCACCUAGCAGACCACUGGCUUCCUGUGGACGUGUACAUUGGAGGGAAGGAGCACGCUGUUAUGCACUUGUACUAUGCUCGUUUCCUCUGUCAUUUCUGCAGGGAUCAGGGUCUUGUGGCUCACAGGGAACCUUUUCGGAAGCUCCUGGUCCAGGGUCUGAUCAAGGGCCAGACAUUUAAACUGGCAGGCAGUGGCCAGUACCUAAAGAGAGAAGAAAUAAACUUCACAGAUAAGGAGCCCGUGGCUUUGAGUGGUGGUCGCGUUGAGGUGACGUGGGAGAAGAUGAGCAAGUCUAAGCACAACGGACUAGACCCCCAAGACGUGGUACAGCAGUACGGCGUGGACACAGUUCGACUCUACAUCCUUUAUGCGGCACCGCCUGAACAGGACAUCCUCUGGAAUGCCAAGACCGAUGCUCUUGCUGGGGUUCUGCGAUGGCAGUCUCGACUGUGGCAGCUGGUGACCAAGCUGAGAGGAGCGCGGCAACUCGGAGAUGUCCCCAGUCCCAGUCUACUGAAAAAGAAAGAGCUGGCAGAGGCCAAGAAGAUCUGGGAGAACAAGAACUACGCAAUUCAAGAGGUGACGAGUUACUUCACAGAGGACUUCCUUUUCAACGCAGCCAUAUCUCGACUAAUGGGACUCACUAAUACACUGAGUAGUGCAACAGUCAGGCUGUUGCAACACAGCGUGGAGUUCGAAGAAGCUCUGGCUGCCCUGGUUAUGAUGACAGCUCCCAUGGCCCCUCACUUAGCUUCUGAACUUUGGGCAGGUCUUUGCCAGGUGAAAAACCCCCUUAGCCCCCUUCUCCAACGUGGAGGGGAUGUCCUGCAGCAGUCCUGGCCGACUGUGGACCCAGAGUAUCUGGAGCUCCCUGACUUUGUGGAAUUGUCUGUACUGAUAAACAACAAGUCCUGUGGCACUGUGACGGUGCCUCUGCAGGUGUCCAAAGACUCCAGUCAGGUGCAGCAGCUGGUUUUGGAGAGCCCCAUUGGACAGAAGCUUCUGAGCGAACGCAGCAUCAAGAGAGCCAUCCUGUCUCCCAGGACUGCUCUCAUCAACUUCCUUGUUGAUGAGUGACAUUUGUUCACCACUGCUUUUGUAACUGGUGAUAACUGGAGCUCAGCACGGAGAGACAGACAAAAGAGGUGGCCUUUUUUUAAAAACUGUAUUUAAGGUUAAAGGCUGAAGUUCAGGUUAUAUAAAAUAAUGUCAGUGUAAAUAUAUCUACAGACAUUUUAUUUAUAUGUUCCUAUUUUUAAUAAAAUAUUCA